AUUCGCAUAAUUACAUCAGGAAAUGUAUAUCGAAGAUUUCUGUUAUGUGUCCGUUGGAAAUAUGCGGCUGUUUUCUGCCGUAUCAUUGCUGCCGGUUGAGGUAUAAAACACUGGAGUUACCCGAUGCACAAACAUCAAUUUGCAAUCAGUUCGCUUUUCUGAAUUUAUCAAAAUGUUGAAGGUUUUGAUUUUAGCGGCAAUUGUUGCCGGUUGUGCGGCAAAUUUCGGCCACUUUAAAAAACGGCAUCACCGGCGCUUUUUCGAGGAUGACGAAGAGACUGCCGGCGUGAGACCGCCCAACUGCAACUGCACUAAAGAAGAGCACAAGGAUAAAUCCUUGGAGUUGUGGAAGUACAAGCACGAAGACUGGAUUGUCAAGAAUCUCAGGGGCAACGAUACCCUGGAAUCGCUCAAGCAGAAAUGGAAGCUGAAGAAACAGAUCUGCGGCAAUAAUAAUGUCACGUACGAGAGCAAGUGCGAGUACACCAACGCGGCGGCCAAGGACAGCAAUCUGGGCAUCCGCUGUCAUGGACCGUGCCCGUGCGGAGACGAAGAGGAAGAACACGAAUUCAAAUCGCAUCGCCGGCAUUUCAUGAUACAGAAAGCCUACUGCUUGACAAACGGACAAACCGUCUACGGCAAAAACGAACUGAAGGCUGCCAAGAAAGCCAAUCCCUCUGUGGGUAAGCGGUGUCACGGUGAAUGCGCCGACUGCGCCAACGACCUGCGCUGCCCCAAGCGCCGCCACCGAAAUCGCCGCGAAUCCCCCGUUGUAGCGCCCAACUGCGUCUGCACCCAGAAAUCUUCGCAUCGCUAUCAGAAAUUCCUGAACACGACAUGCGGCCAGAAACACCUUGAGAAAAAGAUGAUCUGCGGUUCGGACAACGUGACUUAUGCUAACAAAUGCGACUUCAAGAACAAACAAGUGGCCAAUCCCGCCCUGGGCAAACGCUGCCAUGGAAAAUGCCCAUGCGAUCUGGAGAAGUUCGGACGCAAACAUCACAUGUUUAAACGAAAUGCCGGUUUCGGUUGGGAAAAGCGUGAGGAGAAACGCGGCCUCCACAAGUACCACAAGGAAGCCGAACCGUUCUGCCUGAACAACGGUCAGACGGUCCAUGGCAAGAUCGAGAAGCACGAGGCUCUGAAGAAGAACGAAUCUUUGGGUGUACGAUGCAAGGGUGAAUGCUCUGAGUGCCAGACCGCGCCCAUCCACUGCCCUAUUGAUUAUGUCAAAGAAAAGGAAGACAAGGAAAAGGCCCGCCCACACCCACCUAACUGCACGUGCCCGGAAGCGCUCAGUAUGGGCUUCAAACGCCGGCAUUUGGAAGUGUGCGGCAACGAUAAUAAGACUUACAGCAAUAUCUGCGAACUGAUCAACAACCAGACAACCAAUCCCAAGCUGGGAUUCCGCUGUCUUGGCAAAUGUCCAUGCACCAACGAAAUCAAAGGCGACUUCAAAAACCCCUUUGAAGAGGAAAACGAAAACCCCCAAGCCCAGGGCGAGAAUCAGCAGCCGGAACAGGUCGACGAAUCCGCUGCAGGCUCGUCCAACGCCUCUUCUAAUGCUACCGUGGAACCCAAAGCCAUAAUCUUCGCCGUGGGAUCCGCCAACAUCUCCGGCUCCAACUCCACCAAUUCGACCGUAGAUGCGACCGCGGAAUCUUUCACCCAAGAACCGGAAGCUGAGAACCCCGAGGCCAACGAGAACGAAGACCGCGAAGGCAAAGCCGAUGAACCCGAGGGUGCCGAAGAGCCCGAAGGGCUGGAAGACCAGCCCGAACGCCAGCCGCGCCACUUCGGAUUCGGCCGUCGUCGCCACCAUCGCCGCCGUCGCCACCAUAAACCCAUCUGUCUGACCAACGGAAACACCGUGCGCAAAUGGCGCGAAGUAAGCAAGGCCUUCGCCGCGGACCCGACUCUGGGCAUCCGUUGCAAGGGAGACUGCGAUGACUGCUUCAACAACACCAAAUGCCCACGUUUCCCGUCGGCGGAGAAGAUCGAGCGUAUCAAACAGCGCCGGGAGACCAAAGCCAAGGAGUGGCGCCACUGGUACAUGGAGGCCACGACCGAGAGCCCAGAACACCCGCCCAACUGCACCUGCCCCUUCGGACCCAACCACAAGGUGAUGGUGCAUGAAGGUGCGUGGAAGCACCAUCGCAAGGGCGGAGAGAAGAAUAAGUUUGAAUUGUGCGGAUCGAAUAAUGUCACCUAUAAGAACCUGUGCGAACUGACCAAUGCGCAAGCCCAAAAUGCCGGGUUGGGAUCACGGUGCUUUGGAGCGUGCCCGUGCAAGGCUGAUGAAUUUGACCUGUCCAAUAUCAAGGAAGACAACAAGACUAAGAACUACUCCAUUUGCUUGACCAACGGAAAGACCGUGCAUAGCAAGCGCGAGAAAUACGAAGCCCUGGCUGCCGAUGCCACCCUUGGUGUUCGCUGCAUGAACGAAUGCAGCAUCUGCCAGAACGACAUCAAGUGCCCGCGUAUCUUUAAACCCAAGAACGAAACUGAAAAGCGCCAGUUUGGCUGGGGCCACCGAGGAGGCGACAAAGGUCAAGAAAACGAAAAGGACGGCGGGGAGGAACGUGGACGGUGGCGCCGCCACAAAUUCGGUAUGGGCCGCAGUGAUGAAGCCAUGACCGCCGACAACCAGACCAACGCCAACGAAACCGAAGCAAAAUCUUACUGGGAGAUUAAGAAAGAACAGCCGUUCUUCCAGUUCGGAAAGGCCUUUGAUUUCGGAUUCGAGGAGAAGGGAUUCGGUCACCAUAAAGGAUGGGGACAUAAAGGAUGGGGACAUAAGGGAUGGGGCCCCAAAGGUUGGGGCCACAAAGGUUGGGGACAACAUAAAGGAUGGGGAAAUAAAGGAUGGGGAAACAAAGGAUGGGGAAACAAAGGAUGGGGAAACAAAGGAUGGGGAAACAAAGGAUGGGGACACAAAGAGGCCCAAGCCGAAGACUGCGAAUACUAAAAUUCAGAUGAAUUUGUGAACGUGAAAGCGCUGGUACGCUUUUCUAUGCCGGCCAUAAAGUCUUACUGAGAGAAUUUUAUUACAGACUGUGUUUAUUGUUUCGAUCAGUGUGCACGGUUUUGCCGAUGUACGACUGUCGGAUUGCAAGUACAAACAUAUUGUUUGACGACGUUGAAAUGAUGUGAAUCAAUAAAGAUAUUAUAUGAGUGA